AUGGAGAUGCAGUUUUGAUGUACCUUCUGCUCUGCCCUUCAUACAAAUUAAAUAUUGAAGAACAACACUGGAUAGAAAAGUAUAAUGCUGUUGCUGAAGUAUUCAAGUUCAAGAAGAUUAAAAAGCCGUCCAAUCUUAGCAACUUAAAGAAGUACAAACCAAUACUCAAACAGGAUAGUGUGAAUGUUGAGUUUUCUUGUGAUUUCUUUAAGCACACCAGUUUUCUUAGAUUCGCUAAAAAUCCUAAUUUUGUGGAUAUAUUUCUGACCUCGGCAGAAAAAGACAACAUUGCUGAGUACUGCAGGUCAUGGGCCUAUCCAAAGAAAGAGGGGGAAGUCUUUUGCUGGUUAUCACCACAACAAACAGAACAAUUGAUAGAAAAACUUGGAGAGGAUAUUUUCAUCCAUCCAACAUGGCAGGAUACAACAAUACAUGAGGAUGUAUUUAAAAAUUUUGGUGUACCAAUGCAGAUUUUGAUGAGAGGAGAAGAGUCAGUGAAGAAUUUCAUUGAAAAUCUGAAGAAAGGGGAGACGACCAUGUACCACGCCUCUGGGAUGAUCAUUGGAUGUGCAGGUAGUGGGAAAUCAACCCUACUGGAGAGACUAAAGGGCAUUGACCUGAAAGAAAUCCUGGAAAGUUCAAAGUCAACACGAGGAAUUGAUGUCCAGGCUGACAUAUUUGAUGUAACUGGAAAAACAAUCAAGGGUAUGACUUUAAUUUGCCUGAUCAGAGACCAUAAAUUCAUCAAGCCAAAAAAACAACGCUUUAAAGUUAAAAUUGAUGAAUCAAGCGAACAACAGAGUAAUUCAGAACAGCCUGCAGUUUUAUUUGGUGACAAGAAAAAGUUGAAUGUUGAAGAGAAAGGAUUUCAAACGGAGAUAGGCAGUAGAACAAGUGAUAAAGAAUUGUCCAGUGAUGAAGAAAUGAAACAUGAGAGCUUGAAUUCGGCUGAGUCGCGUAAAGGAAAUGAAGCUGCUGCCUUCCUGAAAAAGGAAGUAGUUGAAGACGGCAGACAAAAUGUUCCUGAGAAAUCAGAAUUAUCAGGAAUUUUACGAGUUUCCAAAGAUGUAUCGGGUCAUCCAGAGAAAAAAAUAACCAUGACUGACUUUGCAGGGCAGUGUUUGUGCAUAUUAAGCCUCACACCAGAUAUUUCUUAG